AUGAGCGUGGGUCACCAUGACCUGGAGGAGGCAGAGCUGUUCCCACUACUGCUGCAGAACGACCCCUACCUGAUGCCUGAGGUGAGUGGCUCCCAAAAUGACCUCUACCAAUUAGUGGAUCUAAAAGGAUUGGAUAGGUUAGUGGGAAGGUUAGCAAUAGGGUAAUACUGUAGCUCCACCUCCUUACUCUGUGAUAGCUGGAAUUUCUGCAAUAAUGUUUAAAGGUCAACUGGCCCUUAGAACCACUUAUCUGGUUUUAAAUGGCCUAUGUGGCAUCGAUAUGAGUCAAACAUGAAUUAUAGUGUCAAAAUUGUGAGUUCGUCAUGAUUUACUAGAGGGUUGGGUAUGGAUUAUUCACAUGCCCACUUUUACCAAUGAUGCCCAAUUUCCCAGAGACUACACGUUGUGGUCCGCCCCCAGCUGCCAUGUGGACAUUUUGUUGUCAAGUCUGCGUAUGGGUGCAACGCACGCACAUUUAGCUCGGCAAAAAGGACUGAAAAUGGGCAUCCAUAAAGCUGAUGCAAACUUCCAUGCAUUUCAACAAUAUUGCCAGAUGGCCAGGAAUGGAUUACCUACGACACAGUAAUUUCUGAUGCCUGUCAAUCGUCAAACCACUGAUGUUGGUGAGUAUAUUAGCUAAAUAAAUCGCUGGUACUAGCUAGCUUCUACUUUUGGUAAACAUUAUUUGAUCAUGCUAGCGAGCCAGCCUAGCAAUGAUACCACAUAUGAAAUGGGAAUGAUACUGUAGCUAGCUAAAUACACCAAGCUAACGCAUAAUGUGAUGUAGCAUGUCACAGGAAGAUGUGCAUAGCUCACGCUAGCUAGCUACCUUGCUAACAACAGCUAACUGUAGGUCAUUGGCAUUCAGGGUCAAUACAGGUCAGGUCAGGCACUUGGAUACUAGCUUGCUAGCUAAUCAUAGGAUGUAGCCAACUUGCUUUCAAUAAUGUUUCAACUUGAACUGGCUAGCUAACGUUAACUAUCGUUAGCUAGGUAGCCAACUCAUUUAAACUCGGACAAAGAUACAGUAUGAUAACUAACCCAGAUGUGCAAGUUAGGUAGCUAGCUAGCUAGGGGGCUUCGUCUGCUAACCGAAAACAAGAUGCCUGUUCUCAUAAACGUUUAUCGUGUAAAAAUAAAUGAAGGAUGGUACUUGUCUACUACAAAUAUAGCUAUGGCUCUGGCAGCAAAUAGCAAAACGUACCAGCAAGCAUUCAGCAAUGUACACAGCUAGAAACCGCGUAGGCGUCACGGGCAUGAAUCAAUUCUGUAGUUACUCUAUUAGCAUAUACAUUACUUCCAAACUAGAUUUUUCUCGCUAUAUGUUUGAGUGAUGAUAUAUUAUUUUAUUCACAAGCCACGUACAAAACCUGGUGGAUUUGUUGUUCAGCAGCAUCGUGAGAACCCCCCCCCCCCCCCCCCCCCCCCCCUAUUUCAGAAGGCUGAGGCAGUGGCCAGAAACCAGUCCCUCUUCAGAGUAAUGGAGGACACUUGAAUCAGGUUGGUCACAUUUUAUCUGGUCAAUGGUACAAAUACUGUCCAUCCUGGAAUUCACCUAACCACCAAUGAUAAUGUAAUCAGUGCUGUGUGUCUUGUAUGUUAUAAGGAGGUGUCCCCUUCCUCUGUGCCAAUGGACUACUAUUGGGCAAUGUUCCCUCAAAAAAAAUUCAGCACUGAGCAAAUUUCAGGUCUACUGAGCGUAAACUUGAAUGUUGUGAAAAUUCUGUGCAACUUCCGGUGCACGUUUAAUGUGAACACUGAGGCGGUACCCUCUUUAAGUUCCAGUUUUAAGUGGCCAAGUAGGCUACUGCGGCUAUUUGAUCAUAAUGUAGACCUACCAGAGUGGCCUACCAUAAAAAAACAAUGGAGAAAAUGCAUCCCAUAACAUGUUAACAUGGAAAUGUUGCCUACAGUAGCAGCCAAUGUGUGGUGUUCAAUGUAGGCCUACAUUCCAUGAGACUUUUGGAAAAAACAUGAAGAGCUUGACAUUAACCUGUUUAUCCACUUGUCUUUCAGACAAGGACGUGACUGAAAAUGUUGUUUGAUGCAAGAAACUACUUUACAAAAUAAAAUGCAUUAUUAUUCCCAUACCAUUAUGCUACGUUCUGCCUAUUGGCUACUUAGCUUAUUCAAGAAGUCUCAAAAUACAACACUGCCCCUUUAAGACAUAAAAAAGCUCUUUACCUGACUUGCUUUUCAAGUAUGUCUAGAAAUGCAAACAUUUUGUGCUCUUGUUGGAAGCAACCACUCCCCCAUUGUUGACUAGGAAUUAGCUAUAAGUGGGCUAAUAACUCACUAACUAGCAAAGAAUAUGAACAAAUGUGCACACGUGGCUACAUGCAGCUCUCGCUUUGAUCUCAAAACAAGUGCAUAUAUUGGCGACCGCUCAUACUGUAGCCUGAACACAGUCCAGUUUAAAGUAAAUGGCACAGAUCCAUAUAAGGCGAUGGCUAUUUACAUAUAGGCCUACUGCAGCUCUGAUUGGUUAUGGCGCACCGGACUGUGUAGAGUAUGGGCCUGAGUCAUGCCUGUCAAUGCAAUAGAAUCCUACUCCAAUGCGCUCUGCCUACAAGACAAUCUCUUGCAAAGUUCGUUUUGUAUACUAUGUCUUGCAUAGUUCGUUUUGUUACGGUAUGUUACAUUGAAAGUGGCUAAUAUUGCGUUGAUUUGAUCACAAUUCCCACACUAGAGCGAAACGUUGAUAGUGUUAACUAAAGGGGAAAACUCUAGAAAGUUGAGUGAAGUUCAGUCUAGUGCUUCUCUGAGCGGGCUGAUACUUCUUCAACAUGGCAGUCCGAGGGAAGCUGCUCGCCUGCGCUUGCGGCUUAGAGGGAACGUUGCUCCUGGGCCUGAGUGAGUAAUGCCAACCGGUCAGUGCCAUGCUGGCACGUGUUCCUUGUGAAUUAGCUGUGGAUCAGGAUUUCUGAUUGGCUAUGUUCAACCGUGUAUUUACUGUUUGCUUCUAUGACUGUAUGGUGACAGUCUUUCUCUCUCUCUCUCCCUCCUUUUGUGAUAUAGGAGCUGGGUCGGAUAUAGGAGCCGAAGUCAGGCUCCUUCUAGACCAGUAUCUAUGAUGAGAGGGGCCUGGAGCAGAUAUACGCUGCCAUCCCCAGCAGGCAUUUGCAAACACCUUAGAAGGGACAUAAGGUGAUUACUAAUAAGACAGUACAUCACAAGUAUUUAGUAAUAUCACCCUUUCAAUAUGUGUCACUCAUCAACUCUUCCUUGUUUUUCUACAGAUGGGCAGAAUAUAUGCUUUUUAAAUGGAGUCCUCUGACUGACAGGUUGAUACUGAUGUCUGAAUUGGCACCCAGCAUUACAAUUAUACAAGACAUCUAUUACUUUCUAUCGUCUUUUGUUAUUAUUGAAUCGAAUGGUACUGUGUAUUCUUCAAACAUGUCAGGGAAGUCCUGUCUUAUACGGAACACCAUACAUGAAGGUAUAAUAUUUGCACAUUGGUAUAUAAGCAGAACACUGCUUCUAAAGUAUUGUGUGAAGUAUGGUUUAUUCUACAUGGAACUGUUAGACUUGAAAGUUAUCAAAACACUUUGUUUAGAAUGUCUACAUACUGUAUAUGAUGGUGUGUAUAGACAGUAUGGACAGUAUAUGAAUAGAAAAGGUGUGUACAGCAGUAGUUAUAUAGGAUGAGCCUUGACUAGAAUACAUUAUAUACUGUACAUAUGAAGUGGGUAAAACAGUAUAUGUAAACAUUAUUAAAGUGACCAGUGUUCAAUGACUAUUUGUAUUUAUUAUGGAUUCCCAUCAGCUGCUUCCAAGGCAGCAGCUACUCUUCCUGUGGUCCAGCAAAAUUAAGGCAGUUAUAUACAAUUAAAAACAUGACAUUACAUUUCACAACACAUUAAGUGUGUGUCCUCAGGCCACUACUCUACUAACACAAAAUCCAUGUGUACGUGUGUGUAUAGUGCGUAUGUUAUCGUGUGUGUAUAUGCGUGUGCCUGUGUGUGUUUCUCUUCACAGUCCCUGCUGUAAUGUUUUACUUACAAGCCCUUAACCAACAAUGCAGUUUUAAGAAAGAAUACCCCCCCCAAAAAUAAAGAAAUAUUAAAUAUAACAUGUUUUUUAAAACAACAAAAAUAAAAAUACAAUAAUACUAAAUAAAAGUAUAAUAAUUAAAGAGCAGCAAUAAAAAUUUAAAGAGCAGCAAUAAAAAUAACAAUAGCGAGGCUAUAUACAGGGGUACCGGUACCGAAUCAAUGUGCGGGGGCACCGGUUAGUCGAGGUAAUUGGGGUAAUAUGUACAUGUAGAGUUAUUAAAGUGACUGCAUAGAUAAUAAACAGAGAGUAGCAGCAGUGUAAAAAGAUGGGGUGCAAAUAGUCUGGGUAGCCAUUUGAUUAGAUGUUCAGGAGUCUUAUGGCUUGGGGGUAGAAGCUGUUUAGAAGCCUCUUGGACCUAGACUUGGCGCGCCGGUACCACUUUCCGUGCGGUAGCAGAGAGAACAGGCUAUGGCUAGGGUGGCUGAAGUCUUUGACAACAGAGGCCUUCCUCUGACACCGCCUGGUAUAGAGGUCCUGGAUGGCAGGAAGCUUGGCCCCAGUAAUGUACUGGGCCGUACGCACUACCCUCUGUAGUGCCUUGCGGUCAGAGGCUGAGCAGUUGCUAUACCAGGCAGUGAUGCAACCAGUCAGGAUGCUCUCGAUGGUGCAACUGUAGGACCUUUUGAGGAUCUGAGGACCCAUGCCAAAUCUUUUCUGUCUCCUUAGGGGGAAUAGGUUUUGUCGUGCCCUCUUCACGACUGUCUUGGUGUGCUUGGACCAUGUUAGUUUGUUGGUGAUGUGGACACCAAGGAACUUGAAGCUCUCAACCUGCUCCACUACAGCCACGUCGAUGAGAAUGGGGGCGUGCUCUGUCCUCUUAUUUUUCCUGUAGUCCACAAUCAUCUCCUUUGUCUUGAUCACAUUGAGGGAGAGGUUGUUGUCCUGGCACACACGGCCAGGUCUCUGACCUCCUCCCUAUAGGCUGUCUCGUCGUUGUUGGUGAUCAGGCCUACCACUGUUGUGUCAACGGCAAACUUAAUGAUGGUGAUUGAGUCGUGCCUAGCCAUGCAGUCAUGAGUGAACAGGGAGUACAGGAGGGGACUGAGCACGCACCCCUGAGGGGCCCCUGUGUUGAGGAUCAGCGUGACGGAUGUGUUGUUACCUACCCUUACCACUUGGUUGGGGCCCGUCAGGAAGUCCAGGAUCCAGUUGCAGAGGGAGGUGUUUAGUCCCAGGGUCCUUAGCUUAAUGAUGACCUUUGAUGGCACUAUGGUGUUGAACGCUGAGCUGUAGUCAAUGAAUAGCAUUCUCACAUAGGUGUUCCUUUUGUCCAGGUGUGAAAGGGCAGUGUGGAGCGCAAUAGAGAUUACAUCAUCUGUGGAUCUGUUGGGGUGAUAUGCAAAUUAGAGUGGGUCUAGCGUUUCUGGGAUAAUGGUGUUGAUGUGAGCCAUGACCAGCCUUUAAAAGCACUUCAUGGCUACAUACAUAAGUGCUUUGGGUCAGUAGUCAUUUAUGCAGGUUACCUUUGUGUUCUUGGGUUCAGGGACUAUGGUGGUCUGCUUGAAACAUGUUAGGAUUACAGACUCAGACACGGAGAGGUUGAAAAUGUCAGUGAAGAAACUUGCCAGUUGGUCAGCACAUGCUCGGAGUACACGUCCUGGUAAUCCAUCUGGCCCUGCGGCUUUGUGGAUGUUGACCUGUUUAAAGGUCUUACUCACAUCAGAAAUUUGCAUACAGAAAUUUGCAUCCUGUAGCACUAACUCCAAAAAGUUUUGGGACACUGUAAAGUCCAUGGAAAAUAAGAGCACUUCCUCCCAGCUGCCCACUGCACUGAGGCUAGGAAACACUAUCACCACCGAUAAAUCUACAAUAAUCGAGAAUUUCAACAAGCAUUUUGCUACGGCUGGCCAUGCUUUCCACCUGGCUACCACUACCCCGGCCACCAGCUCUGCACCCUCCGCUGCAACUUGCCCAUGCCCCCCCCGCUUCUCCUUCACACAAAUCCAGACAGCUGAUGUUCUGAAAGAGCUGCAAAAUCUGGACCCCUACAAAUCAUCUGGGCUAGACAAUCUGGACCCUUUCUUUCUAAAACUAGCCGCCGAAAUUGUCGCAACCCCUAUUACUAGCCUGUUCAACCUCUCUUUCGUAACGUCUAAGAUCCCCAGAGAUUGGAAAGCUGCCGCGGUCAUCCCCCUCUUCAAAGGGGGUGACACUCUAGAUCCAAACUGUUACAGACCCAUAUCCAUCCUGCCCUGCCUUUCAAAAGUUUUUGAAAGCCAAGUCAACAAACAGAUCACCGACCAUUUCGAAUCCCACCGUACCUUCUCCGCUAUGCAAUCCGGUUUCCGAGCUGGUCAUGGGUGCACUUCAGCUACGCUCAAGGUCCUAAACGAUAUUAUAACCGUAAAACGGACUAUCCUACCGAUCCUUGACUUCGGCGAUGUCAUUUACAAAAUAGCCUCCAACACUCUACUCAGCAAAUUGGAUGUAGUCUAUCACAGUGCCAUCCGUUUUGUCUCCAAAGCCCCAUAUAAUACCCACCACUGUGACCUGUACGCUCUUGUUGGCUGGUCCUCACUACAUAUUCGUCGCCAAACCCACUGGCUCCAGGCCAUCUAUAAAUCACUGCUAGGCAAAUCCCCGCCUUAUCUUAGCUCAUUGGUCACCAUAGCAACACCCACCCGUAGUCUGCGCUCCAGCGGGUAUAUCUCACUGGUCAUCCCCAAAGCCAACACCUCCUUUGGCCGCAAUUCCUUCCAGUUCUCUGCUGCCAAUGACUGGAACAAAUUGCAAAAAUCUCUGAAGCUGGAGACACUUAUCUCCCUCACUAACUUUAAGCAUCAGUUGUCAGAGCACCUUACCGAUCACUGCACCUGUACACAGCCCAUCUGAAAUUAGCCCGCCCAACUACCUCAUCCCUAUAUUGUUAUUUAUUUUGCUCAUUUGUACCCCAGUAUCUCUAUUUGCACAUCAUCUCUUGCACAUCUAUCAUUCCAGUGUUAAUACUAAUUGUAAUUAUUUUGCACUAUAGCCUAUUUUAUUGCCUUACCUCCAUAACUUGCUAAAUUUGCACACACUGUAUAUAUAUGUAUUUCUGUUGUAUUUUUUUUGACUUUGUUUUGUUUUACCCCAUAUGUAACUCUGUGUUGUUGUUUUUAUCGCACUGCUUUGCUUUAUCUUGGCCAGGUCGCAGUUGUAAAUGAGAACUUGUUCUCAACUGGUUUACCUGGUUAAAUAAAGGUUAAAUAAAAUAAAAAAAAUAAAUAAAAAAACAUCGGCUACGAAAGCUGAUGCUCUCAUGCAUGUUUCAGUGUUGCUUGCCUCGAAGUGAGCAUAGAAGUAAUUUAGCUCGUCUGGUAGGCUCGUGUCACUGGGCAGCUCGCGGCUGUGCUUCCCUUUGUAGUCUGUAAUAGUUUGCAAGCCCUGCCACAUCCGACGAGCGUCGGAGCCGGUGUAGUACGAUUCGAUCUUAGUCCUGUAUUGACGCUUUGCCUGUUUGAUGGUUCGUCGUAGGGCAUAGUGGGAGUUCUUAUAAGCUUCCGGGUUAGAGUCCUGCUCCUUGAAAGCGGCAGCUCUACCCUUUUAUCUCAGUGCGGAUGUUGUCUGUAAUCCAUGGCUUCUGGUUGGGGUAUUUACGUACGGUCACUGUGGGGACGACAUCAUCGAUGCACUUAUUGAUGAAGCCAGUGACUGAUGUGGUAUACUCCUCAAUGCUGUCUGAAGAAUCCCGGAACAUGUUCCAGUCUGUGCUAGCAAAACAGUCCUGUAGCUUAGCAUCUGCGUCAUCUGACCACUUUUUUAUUAACCGAGUCACUGGUGCUUCCUGCUUUAGUUUUUGCUUAUAAGCAGGAAUCAGGAGGAUAGAGUUAUGGUCAGAUUUGCCAAAUGGAGGGCGAGGGAGAGCUUUGUAUGCGUCUCUGUGUGUGGAGUAAAGGUGGUCUAGAGUUUUUUUCCUCUGGUUGCACAUUUAACAUGCUGGUAGAAAUUAGGUAGAACGGAUUUAAGUUUCCCUGCAUUAAAGUCCCCGGCCACUAGGAGCGCUGCAUCUGGAUGAGGGUUUUCCUGUUGAUUUAUGGCCUUGUACAACUCAUUCAGUGCAAUCUUAAUGCCAGCAUUGGUUUGUGGUGGUAAAUAGACAGCUAUGAAAAAUAUAGAUAAAAACUCUCUUGGUAAAUAGUGUGGUCUACAGCUUAUCAUAAGAUACUCUACCUCAGGCGAGCAAAACCUCGAGACUUCCUUAGUAUUUGAUUUUGUGCACCAGCUGUUGUUUACAAAUAUACACAGACCGCCACCCCUUGUCUUACCGGAGUCAGCCGUUCUAUCCUGCCGAUGUAGCGUAUAGCCCGCUAGCUGUAUGUUAUCAUUGUCGUCGUUCAGCCACGACUCGGUGAAACAUAAGAUAUUACAGUUUUUAAUGUCCCGUUGGUAGGAUAACCGUAAUCUUAGGUCAUCCAAUUUGUUAUCCAAUGAUUGAAGAUUGGCUAAUAGGAUUGAUGGAAGAGGCAGUUUACUCGCUCGCCGUCGGAUACUUACAAGGCACCCCGAUCUACGUCCACGAUAUCUCCGUCUCUUCCUCACGCGAAUGACGGGGAUUUGGGCCUUGUCGGGUGUCUGUAUGAUAUCUUUCGCAGCCGCCUUGUUGAAGAAAAACCUUCGUCCAAUACGAGGUGAGUAAUCGCUGUCCUGAUAUCCAGAAGCUCUUUUUGGUUAGUCCUUCAUUUUUUGUAAGAUUUUCUGAAUUUUAUUGUUUGAUUGACUAUGACUUUUCAGAUCACCCAGUAAUACUAUCUGCAAGGUUAGCUCCAGGUAAAUAUUGCAAUCCUUUAGCCAUUCCUGGACCUGUGUCCAAAAACAAGCUACAAAUGGACAGAACCAAAACAAAUGAUCUAAUGAUUCUGUCUCUUCACAGCAAAAUCUGCAGAGCUGGGAAGAUUGUAUCCCCCAUAUAAAUAACAUUCUAUUGGUAGCAAGAAUUUUAUAUAAUAAUUGAAAUUGAAAGAUUCACAUUUUUGAAUCCGGUGUCGUUUUGCGUGUCAGUUCAUAAACACUAUGCCAUGGGAUCGGUACGUCAAAGAUCUCUUCCCAACUAUUUUGCAAUCUAUAUGGGACGGCUGUCAAUCCUUUGGUCCUUAAGUGAAACUGACAUACUUUUUUAUUUAUCACAGUUUUCCUUAACCAAUUAUGUUCUUUAAUGCAAGGCCGACAGACAAGUUCCUUACUUUCUCCCCCUUCCACUUUCCUCUUCCACUUUUGCAGUAAGGCUGCAAUUAUUUGGUUGUAAUUUUGGGUAGAGCAGACAUUUCCAUAUGUUUUUGUUAGCUGCAUGUGCGACAUAACUCCACCAGUCCUACCGAUGAUAUCAUUUACGAAGAUUAUACCUUUUUUAAACAUUCUGUCAAAAAAUAAAGGUUUUUUGUCAAUUAGUAUAUUUGAAUUUAACCACAAUAUUUGUUGCAUUAUUUGUUCUGUCGUUUCUGGAGGAUUAAAUUGAAAUUGCAACCAACUUUCUAUGGCUUGUUUUAGAAAUAGUGAUAUUUGGGAGAUUAUUUCCUUUUCAAAUAACUGAAAGUGAGAGGUUGUAAUCUGAAUAAAGGGAAAAAGGCCUUUCUUGAACAUUGGGUGAGACAAUCUUACUAAUUUUCUUGAGAACCAGUUCGGAUUUAAGUAUAACUUUUGUAUGACUGAAGCUUUUAGUGAUAGGUCUAAUGCUUUAAUAUUUAAUAAUAUCUGUCCUCCGAAUUCAUAUUCAUUAUAUAAAUAUGCCCUUUUAAUUUUGUCUGGCUUGCCGUUUCAAAUAAAAUUGAAUAUUUUUUUCUCAUAUAAUUUAAAAAACUGUUCGCUAGGCGUAGGCAAGACCAUAAGCAAAUACAGUGGGGAAAAAAAGUAUUUAGUCAGCCACCAAUUGUGCAAGUUCUCCCACUUAAAAAGAUGAGAGAGGCCUUUAAUUUUCAUCAUAGGUACACGUCAACUAUGACAGACAAAAUGAGAGAGAAAAAAUCCAGAAAAUCACAUUGUAGGAUUUUUUAUGAAUUUAUUUGCAAAUUAUGGUGGAAAAUAAGUAUUUGGUCAAUAACAAAAGUUUCUCAAUACUUUGUUAUAUACCCUUUGUUGGCAAUGACACGGGUCAAAUGUUUUCUGUAAGUCUUCACAAGGUUUUCACACACUAUUUUGGCCCAUUCCUCCAUGCAGAUCUCCUCUAGAGCAGUGAUGUUUUGGGGCUGUCGCUGGGCAACACAGGACUUUCAACUCCCUCAAAGAUUUUCUAUGGGGUUGAGAUCUGGAGACUGGCUAGGCAACUCCAGGACCUUGAAAUGCUUCUUACGAAGCCACUCCUUCGUUGCCCGGGCGGUGUGUUUGGGAUCAUUGUCAUGCUGAAAGACCCAGCCACGUUUCAUCUUCAAUGCCCUUGGUGAUGGAAGGAGGUUUUCACCCAAAAUCUCACGAUACAUGGCCCCAUUCAUUCUUUCCUUUACAUGGAUCAGACGUCCUGGUCCCUUUGCAGAAAAACAGCCCCAAAGCAUGAUGUUUACACCCCCAUGCUUCACAGUAGGUAUGGUGUUCUUUGGAUGCAACUCAGCAUUCUUUGUCCUCCAAACACGACGAGUUGAGUUUUUACCAAAAAGUUCUAUUUUGGUUUCAUCUGACCAUAUGACAUUCUCCCAAUCCUCUUCUGGAUCAUCCAAAUGCACUCUAGCAAACUUCAGACGGGCCUGGACAUGUACUGGCUUAAGCAGGGGGACACGUCUGGAACUGCAGGAUUUUAGUCCCUGGCGGCGUAGUGUGUAACUGAUGGUAGGCUUUGUUACUUUGGUCCCAGCUCUCUGCAGGUCAUUCACUAGGUCCCCCCGUGUGGUUCUGGGAUUUUUGCUCACCGUUCUUGUGACCAUUUUGACCCCACGGGGUGAGAUCUUGCGUGGAGCCCCAAAUCGAGGGAGAUUAUCAGUGGUCUUGUAUGUCUUCCAUUUCCUAAUAAUUGCUCCCACAGUUGAUUUCUUCAAACCAAGCUGCUUACCUAUUGCAGAUUCAGUCUUCCCAGCCUGGUGCAGGUCUACAAUUUUGUUUCUGGUGUCCUUUGACAGCUCUUUGGUCUUGGCCAUAGUGGAGUUUGGAGUGUGACUGUUUGAGGUUGUGAACAGGUGUCUUUUAUACUGAUAACAAGUUCAAACAGGUGCUAUUAAUACAGGUAACGAGUGGAGGACAGAGGAGCCUCUUAAAGAAGAAGCUACAGGUCUGUGAGAGCCAGAAAUCUUGCUUGUUUGUAGGUGACCAAAUACUUAUUUUCCACCAUAAUUUGCAAAUAAAUUCAUUAAAAAUCCUACAGUGUGAUUUUCUGGAUUUCUUUUCUCUUAAUUUGUCUGUCAUAGUUGACGUGUACCUAUGAUGAAAAUUACAGGCCUCUCUCAUCUUUUUAAGUGGGAGAACUUGCACAAUUGGUGGCUGACUAAAUACUUUUUUCCCCCACUGUAGGUAAACUGGGAUAAUACUAAAGAGUUCAUCAGGGUGAUUUUUCCACAAAUUGACAGGUAUUUUCCUUUCCAUGGUAGUAAGAUCUUAUCUAUUUUUGCUAACUUUCUAUUAAAAUGUAUUGAAGUGAGAUCAUUUAUUUCCUUUGGGAUAUGUAUUCCGAGUAUAUCCACAUCACCAUCAGACCAUUUUAUUGGUAAACUACAUGGUAAUGUAAAAAUUGUAUUUUUUAGUGAUCCAAUACGUAAUAUAGUACAUUUGUCAUAAUUUGGUUGUAAUCCAGAGAGGUUAGAAAAUGUAUCUAGAUCCUCUAUGAGGCUGUGGAGGGAUUCUAGUUGUGGAUUUAAAAGAAAACAUGAAUCAUCAGCGUACAAUGACACCUUUGUUUUUAAGCCCUGUAUUUCUAAUCCUCUGAUAUUAUUAUUGGAUCUGAUUUUAAUAGCUAACAUCUCGAUGGCCACAAUAAAUAGAUAGUGGACAACCUUGUUUCACUCCUCUUGACAGUUUAAAACUUUCUGAGAAAUAGCCAUUAUUUACUAUUUUACACCUAGGGUUACUAUACAUGAUUUUGACCCAUUUUAUAAGAGAAAUGCUCCAGGCAUUUAUAUAUAAACCCCAGUCGAACUUUAUCAAAUGCCUUUUCGAAGUCUGCUAUGAAUAGCAGGCCUGGUUUCCCAUAUUUUCCAUAGUGUUCUAUUGUUUCCAAUACUUGCCUGAUAUUAUCUCCAAUGUAUCUUCCAUGUAAAAAACCUGUCUGAUUAGAAUGAAUAAUAUCCGACAAUACAUUUUGCUAGGAUUUUUGCAUCACAACACUGAAGUGUAAGGGGCCUCCAAUUUUGUAAAUGGACUGGAUCUUUAUAUUUUCCACUUGUAUCCUGUUUCAGUAAUAAUGAGAUCAGACCUUCUUCUUGAGUGUCAGAUAAUCUACCAUUUACAUACGAGUGGUUAAAACAUGCUAAUAACGGUCCUCUUAGUAUAUCAAAAAACGUUUGGUAUACCUCGACUGGUAUGCCAUCCAACCCUGGAGUUUUCCCGGACUUAAAGUCUUUAAUUGCAUCCAGAAGUUCCUCCUCUGUAAUUUCACCUUCACAUGAGUCUUUCUGUGUGGCUGUUAAUUUGACAUUAUCAAUAGAAAACAAAAUCUCUACAAUUAGCUUCAGUUAGAGGAGAUGGAGGCGACUGAAAAGAAAACAUAUGCUUAAAGUACUUUGUUUCUUCCUUCAAAAUAUCAUUUGGUGAAUUAUGGGUUACUCCGUCAAUUGUAACCAGUUUCAUUAAGUUAUUUUUGGUAGCAUUCCUAUGUUGAAGAUUAAAAAAGAAUUUUGUGCAUUUUCCCCCAUAUUCCAUCCAGUUUACUUUAUUUUAAUAAUAUAUUACACUUGAUCUUUCUUGAAUAAGUUUCUCCAUUUCUUUUUGUUUUUCCUCUAAUUUAUUCUGAGCCUCUAUGUUACAGUUUUUAUUGCCAUCUAUCUGUUCUGUUAGACUUUCUAUUUCCUUUCUUAGUAUAAACUCUUUUGACCUAAAUUGCUUUUGUUUUCGAGAUGAGUACUGAAUUGCAUGGCCUCUAAAGGCACAUUUAAAGGUGUCCCAUACAAUAAGGGGAUUCGCUGUACCUAUGUUAUGUUGGAAAAAGUCAAUCUAUUUGGACAAUUUGCACAUUCGGAUCGAAAUUACUAUUAAUUAAUAUCAUCACCCCUUUUGAAUUUCUUUGCCCAUGGGAGAAGUAUACCCCCCCCCCCCCCCCCCCCAUUCUUUUUUCCACGCUACUUCAUCUCGAAUUGUUGAAUGAGUUUCCUGUAUACAAUAGAUAUUAUAUUCCUUCUCUUUGAGCCAUGUAAAUAUUGUUCUUCUUUUGUUAUUAUCAGCUAAGCCAUUACAAUUAUAACUGGCUAUACUUAUUUCACAUACACCAUAAUGAGAUACAAGUUUCAAGUCUAUUUAUCAUUAUAUAUGUUUGUAAAUUUACCAAUAAAAAAUAGCGUAAUGAUUGAGUGUCCAUAUAGCUGGACCGUGAUAUUUGCAUUGCUAUGGAGUAACCCUUCAAUUGUUCUCCACUAAUUCCCCCGCUAAAGCCCCUCCCCAUCCCAAGUUGAGCCGUCAUCCCAGUGAUCAGCAUCCCACCCACGUCCCUCCGUAUCCCUAAAGCCCCGAGAGGCCAGGACCCAUCCAUCGAAAACAGCACACAGUGCCACCCACAAAACAGAAGCAGAUUAACCGCCAAAAGCAUUUCCAAUGCUUUCACCUCUAUAUAUAUAUAUCUAUAUAACUAUUUAAAAAAAAUUAUGCAUAUCCUAUUUUCCAUCAUUAUCAAUUAAUAUGUGUAAUAAUGUCGGCAGUUCACGCGUAGGAUUCUAACAUAUAACCCGGAUUGCCAUUGUAUUACAUUUAAUUCAUUGACAAGCAAUUAUUAUCCUAGCAAAUAAUUGUGUGUCAUCGGAAGAAUCCCGGAACAUAUUCCAGUCUGUGCUAGCAAAACAGUCCUGUAGCUUAGCAUCUGCUUCAUCUGACCACUUUUUUAUUGACACUGGUGCUUCCUGCUUUUAGUUUUUGCUUGUAAACAGGAAUCAUGAGGAUAGAAUUAUGGUCAGAUUUUCCAAAUGGAGGGCGAGGGAGAGCUUUGUACGCGUCUCUGUGUGUGGAGUAAAGGUGGUCUAGAGUUUCUUUCCCUCUGGUUGCACAUUUUAACAUGCUGGUAGAAAUAAGGUAAAACUGAUUAAAGUCCCUGGCCACUAGGAGCGCCGCCUCUGGAUGAGCGUUUUCCUGUUUGCUUAUGGCCAUAUACAGUUCAUUGAGUGAGGUCUUAGUGCCAGCAUCAGUUUGUGGUGGUAAAUAGACAGCUACGAAAAAUAUAGAUCUUGGUAGAUAGUGUGGUCUACAGCUUAUCAUGAGAUACUCUAGCUCAGGCGAGCAAAACCUAGAGACUUCCUUACAUAGCUGUUAUGUGAAUUAUUUAACAAACUAUUUCAGUGUCUCUGUGCGUCUCCCAAAAGGUUGUAAGUAUUUUGGGAUUUAAGUAACGGACAGAGUCCCGGUCUGCAUAGUCAGAGAUUUAUUCAUUGAGAAUUCUGCCAUCACAAUUUCAGAGUCCAUCUUUUAUACUCAUACGUCAUACAAACAUCCUGCCCCCUCCCCUUAGGCGGCCUGUAUUUUUCCACUAUACACAUCUUGUAAGCCCACACACACUUCGGUUCAGCUCAUGUUUUCCUCUGCUCUCCUGACCAUUAGGUCACACACUGUUCUUAUCUUUUCCUACUCCUUGCUCGGCCAGGUGGCAAACUUCAGUUAUCGCAUCCUCACAAUAUCCAGCAUACUCCUCAAAAAGCGUAACAGUUUCUCUCCUCCCUAAAUUGGGAGGCCCCUUUAUCUUGGUUUAGACAGUUCUCCUUUGUUGUCUGGUCUAACUCUUACUCACAUUGCUGAAUAGUAGCUCAAUGUCAUAGUCUUUACUGGUCCUACACUCACACAUUCUAACACAUUUCACACAGUUUCUGGGUGUAAUAAUUAGUCAUUAAUAAUUAAUCUAUCAAUCCACCCUUUGACUAAAUAUUACACACAAACAAAAUACACUGCUCAAAAAAAUAAAGGGAACACUUAAACAACACAUCCUAGAUCUGAAUGAAUGAAAUAAUCUUAUUAAAUACUUUUUUCUUUACAUAGUUGAAUGUGCUGGCAACAAAAUCACACAAAAAGUAUCAAAGGAAAUCAAAUUUAUCAAACCAUGGAGGUCUGGAUUUGGAAAAACCACACUACAGGCUGAUCCAACUUUGAUGUAAUGUCCUUAAAACAAGUCAAAAUGAGGCUCAGUAGUGUGUGUGGCCUCCACGUGCCUGUAUGACCUCCCUACAACGCCUGGGCAUGCUUCUGAUGAGGUGGCGGAUGGUCUCCUGAGGGAUCUCCUCCCAGACCUGGACUAAAGCAUCCGCCAACUCCUGGACAGUCUGUGGUGCAACGUGGCGUUGAUGGAUGGAGCGAGACAUGAUGUCCCAGAUGUGCUCAAUUGGAUUCAGGUCUGGGGAACGGGCGGGCCAGUCCAUAGCAUCAAUGCCUUCCUCUUGCAGGAACUGCUGACACACUCCAGCCACAUGAGGUCUAGCAUUGUCUUGCAUUUAGAAGGAACCCAGGGCCAACCGCACCAGCAUAUGGUCUCACAAGGGGUCUGAGGAUCUCAUCUCGGUACCUAAUGGCAGUCAAGCUACCUCUGGCGAGCACAUGGAGGGCUGUGCGGCCCCCCAAAGAAAUGCCACCCCACACCAUGACUGACCCACCGCCAAACCGGUCAUGCUGGAGGAUGUUGCAGGCAGCAGAACGUUCUCCACGGCGUCUCCAGACUCUGUCACGUCUGUCACAUGUGCUCAGUGUGAACCUGCUUUCAUCUGUGAGGAGCACAGGGCGCCAGUGGCGAAUUUGCCAAUCUUUGUGUUCUCUGGCAAAUGCCAAACGUCCUGCACGGUGUUGGGCUGUAAGCACAACCCCCACCUGUGGACGUCGGGCCCUCAUACCACCCUCAUGGAGUCUGUUUCUGACCGUUUGAGCAGACACAUGCACAUUUGUGGCCUGCUGGAGGUCAUUUUGCAGGGCUCUGGCAGUGCUCCUCCUGCUCCUCCUUGCACAAAGGCGGAGGUAGCGGUCCUGCUGCUGGGUUGUUGCCCUCCUACGGCCUCCUCCACGUCUCCUGAUGUACUGGCCUGUCUCCUGGUAGCACCUCCAUGCUCUGGACACUACGCUGACAGACACAGCAAACCUUCUUGCCACAGCUCGCAUUGAUGUGCCAUCCUGGAUGAGCUGCACUACCUGAGCCACUUGUGUGGGUUGUAGACUCCGUCUCAUGCUACCACUAGAGUGAAAGCACCGCCAGCAUUCAAAAGUGACCAAAACAUCAGCCAGGAAGCAUAGGAACGGAGAAGUGGUCUGUGGUCACCACCUGCAGAACCAUUCCUUUAUUGGGGGUGUCUUGCUAAUUGCCUAUAAUUUCCACCUGUUGUCUAUUCCAUUUGCACAACAGCAUGUGAAAUGUAUUGUCAAUCAGUGUUGCUUCCUAAGUGGACAGUUUGAUUUCACAGAAGUGUGAUUGACUUGGAGUUACAUUGUGUUGUUUAAGUGUUCCCUUUAUUUUUUUGAGCAGUGUAUAUGUUGUUAUAGAAAUGAAUCACACACAUUGAAGCAUAUAAGUUGGUUUGCAUAUAAAAACAUUAAAUGUCUCAUUCAAUACAGGUUCAUCAGGGUUACCCCAUGAUUCAAAGUGUAACGUUACUUUUUAGCAAUGGUACCUAACCUGUUUACCCCCUAUCUGGAAACAACAGUCUAAGCCUAUAGUGAAGAACAUUUGCUUCAUCACAUCCUGCAACAUCGGUUAACUAGUACAUCAUACUUAAAACAAGACUUUAAUACACAAAAGAUAAUUACAAUAACUUUUAAACUAGAGAUUUAUAGUUCUAGGUAAACAUCCAGUCUCAAACUAUCUGAAUCGUCGUCGUCCUCCACCAAGCCUGGUGGGUCAUAUUCUUCAUUCCUUAGGUCGGAGUCCGGGAUUGGGCCGUAUCUCACCAUCUGCUGUGAUACUGCUCCAACGCCUUGCUCACCAAUCCUCGGACACAGGGAAUAAGACAACAUCCACAAAGAACAAGCAUACCCAUAGACGUGAUUGCCGCGCCUAAAAUAGUUACAACAAUAGUUUUCCAUUUACCAAACAUUUUAUCAAACCAACCAGUCAUUGAUGUAUUCACCCCCCCCCCCCGUUCUCAGCCCAUUCUUUACUCAAUGGCCUGAGAUUCUCUUCACUGCAUCCCUUGUCUAAUUAACGAACCUUUGUAGAUGUAAUUAAUCCAGUCAACAUUUUUAUCAAUUGUAACCCACCAGAAAAACGUUGUUGUAAACCCUUCUCCUCACUGCGUACUCAUCAUCUGGAUUUUCUCUCCAUGCCUGGUCUGCCAAGUUUGGAUAUAACCUUUCUGCCCUCUGCUCUGGGGAAGGCACUGAGACCUCAACUUUCACUUCUCUUUCACUCUCACUCACUUCUCUUUUCUUCCUGCCUUCUUCCCGCUUUCUAGCUUCUACUAGCCACCUCUUCUAUAUAACAAGUCAAUAUAACAAGUAAUUCAAAACAGCUUCACACCACAACACCUGGAAUCACCCCUCCCUGUAUAUGUAGUCUUGACUAGUCCCCAAGAAUUAUCUCAUACUCUACGGAGGAAUUUAUCCCCACAAUGUAAUCUUGAUCAUUCCUGACAGUCUCAUACAACAGGAAUGGGUUCUCCCUCUUCUCUAUACAACCACCUGGAAUUAUUCAUAGAUGUGACUUUUGAGCAAAUAUUAUGUCUCACACGUAUUCAACCUUACAUGAUUAUUGGUUAACACUAUCGGUAACCCGGAGUUUGUAAGGCUCCAGUUUCAUGAAACGGAUAGAGUUACGGCAAAAUCUACAGUUGUUUGUGACUUUUGACUUUACUAAUAUUCUAUUUCUCACACAUGCUAUUUUAAUUCCUUCUGGUGUACUUUUUGUAUUUGUUUAACCCGGAUUAUUUGUUGACUGUUCUAUAAUCUCUUACAGGUUACAUCCCUUAGGGGUACUUUUAAUAGUUCCUUCUAUUUCAACACCGGGUAGUUUCUUUUGGUAAUGGCCUAUUACCGUGAAUCGUUACGGACCCACCAACAGGUUGACUAGUCCCCCAGAAUUAUCUCCUACUCUACGGAGGAAUUCAUCCCCACAAUGUAAUCUUGAUAAUUCCUGACAGUCCCCUACAUUUCACUUAAAAUGGCUACGCAUUGAUCAAUUUGCUACUUUUCAAUAUUUUAGCAAUUUCUCAAAUCAAUUUAACCUAGUAAUGAAUAAAGACUACUGACCUUAUCCUUGCAGCCGAGAUUCAAUGUAGGUUUGGAUUCUGUCACCGUCUCUGUCAUUAAUCAGGUGUCCUCUGGCCUGUCUUAACCCUUAAUGUCAAAGGGCAGGACUUUCUAUUUACCAAUGUAUCAUUCGCCCGUCGAUGGUUUUCAGAGUUACCUGGAAUGACAGAAGCAGGUAUUGGAUUCCGGCUCAGAAGGACCAAGCUGUUAUGUGAAUUAUUUAACAAACUAUUUCAGUGUCUCUGUGCAUCGCCCAAAAGGUUGUAAGUAUUUUGGGAUUUAAGUAACGGACAGAGUCCCGGUCUGCAUAGUCAGAGAUUUAUUCAUUGAGAAUUCUGCCAUCACAAUUUCAGAGUCCAUCUUUUAUACUCAUACGUCAUACAAACAUCCUGCCCCCCCCCCCCCCCCCCCCCCCCCCUUAGGCGGCCUGUAUUUUUCCACUAUACACAUCUUGUAAGCACACACACACUUCGGUUCAGCUCAUGUUUUUCCUCUGCUCUCCUGACCAUUAGGUCUCACACUGUUCUUAUCUUUUCCUACUCCUUGCUCGGCCAGGUGGCAAACUUCAGUUAUCGCAUCCUCACAAUAUCCUGCAUACUCCUCAAAAAGCGUAACAGUUUCUCUCCUCUCUAAAUUGGGAGGCCCCUUUAUCUUGGUUUAGACAGUUCUCCUUUGUUGUCUGGUCUAACUCUUACUCACAUUGCUGAAUAGUAGCUCAAUGUCAUAGUCUUUACUGGUCCUACACUCACACAUUCUAACACAUUUCACACAGUUUCUGGGUGUAAUAAUUAGUCAUUAAUAAUUAAUCUAUCAAUCGUGCACCAACUGUUGUUUAAAAAUAUACAUAGACCGCCACCCCUUGUCUUACCAGAGGCUGCCGUUCUAUCCUGCCGAUACAGUGUAUAACCUGCCAGCUGUAUGUUAUUCAUGUCGUCGUUCAGCCACGACUCGGUGAAACAUAAGAUAUUACUGUUUUUUAUGUCCGUUGGUAGGAUAUUCGUGUCUGUAGUUCGUCCAUUUUAUUAUCAAGUGAUUUGUAAUUUGGCCAAUAGUAUCGAUGGCAAAGGCAGAUUAGCCACUCGUCGCUGGAUCCUUACCAAGCACCCCGAUCUCCUUCUGCGAUAUCUCCUUUUCUUUCUACUGCGAAUGCCGGGGAUGAGGGCCCUGUCGGGUGUCUGGAGCAAAUCCCUCUCGUCCGACUCAUAAAAGAAAAAUCCUUCGUCCAGUUCAAGGUGAGUAAUCGCUGUUCUGAUGUCCAGAAGCUCUUUUCGGUCAUAAGAGACGGUAGCAGCAACAUUAUGUACAAAAUAAGAAGGCAGAGCAGUGGUUUAAUAUGGACAGACCUCUCCCCAUCUUAGCUACUUUUGCAUCAUGUUUUGACCAUGACAGUUUAUAAUCCAGGGUUACUCAAUGCAGUUUAGUCUCCUCAAUUUGCUCAAUUUCCACAUUAUUCAUUACAAUAUUUAGUUGAGGUUUAGGGUUUAGUGAAUGAUUUCUCCCAAAUACAAUGCUUUUAGUUUUUGAAAUAUUUAGGACUAACAUAUUUCUUGCCACACAUUCUGAAACUGACUGCUGCUCUUUAAGUGUUGCAGUGAUUUCAUUUGCUGUGGUAGCUGAUGUGUAUAGUGUUGAGUCAUUAGCAUACAUAGACACACAAGCUUUACUCAGAGCCAGUGACAGGUCAUUAGUAAAGAUUGAAAAAAUUAAGGGACCUAGACCGCUGACCUGGGGAAUGCCUGACUCUACCUGGAUUAUGUUGGAGAGGCUCUAUGUUCUGUUAGUCAGGUAACUCUCGAUCCAUAAUAUAGCAGGGGAUGUAAAGCCAUAACACAUGUUUUUCCAGCAGCAGAUUAUGAUCGAUAAUGUCAAAAGCUGUACUGAAGUCUAACAAAACAGCUCCCACAAUCUUUUUAUUAUCAAUCUCCCAGCCAAUCAUCAGUCAUUUGUGUAAGUGCCGUACAUGUUGAAUGCCCUACCCUAUAAGUGUGCUGUUUUGUUAAUUUGUUUACUGUGAAAUAGCAUUGUAUCUGGUCAAGGGUUGGUAACAGGCUGAUUGGUCGGCUGUUUGAGCCAGUAAAGGGUGCUUUGCUUCCUGCCAGGCCUGAGGGCACACACAUUCCUGUAGGCUUAGAUUGAAGGGAUGGCAAAUAGGAGUGGCAAUAUUGUCCGCUAUCAUUUGCAGUAAUUUUCCAUCCAAGUUGUCAGACCCAGGUGGCUUGUCAUUGUUGAUAGACAAUUUCUUCACCUCCACACUCACUUUACGGAAAUCAUAAUUUGGUCAGAUAUGCAUGGAUGUGUAGGUUCAUAAUAUGUUGUUGGCAUGUCAUGCCUAAAUUUGCUAAUCUUGCCAAUGAAAAAAAUCAUUAAAGUAGUUGGCAAUAUCAGUGGUUGAAUGAGCCAUCUGAUUCAAUGAAUAAUGGAGUCGAGUUCGCCUUUUUGCCCAAAAUUUCAUUUAAGGCUUUUUACUAUUAUUCUUCAUAUAAUUUAUCUUUGUUUCAUAGUACAGUUUCUUCUUCUUUUUGUUCAGUGUAGUCACAUUAUUUCUCAAUUUACAGUACGUUUUCCAAUCGGCUGUGCAGCCAGACUUAUUUUCCAUUUGUUUUGCCUCAUCCCUCUCAACCAUACCAUUUUUGAAUUCCUCAUCAAUCCAUGGGGAUUAAAGUUUUUACAGUCACUUUCUUAAUUGGUGCAUGCUUAUAAGUAACUGGAAUAAAUGUGUCAAGUGCAGCAUCUGGUUGCUCCUCAUUACACACCACAGACCAGCACAUAUGCUUUACAUCUUCAACAUAGGAAUCACUACAAAACGUAUUUUAUGACCUCUUAUACACUAUAUUAGGCCCAGCCUUUGGAACUUUGGUUUUCUUAGAUAUGGCUACUAUAUUAUGAUCACUACAUCCAGUGGAUUUGGAUACUGCUUUAGAGCAGAUUUCUGCAGCAUUAGUAAAGAUGUGAUCAAUACAUGUGGAUGAUUCUCCCCCCCCCCCCCCCCCCCCCCCCCCCCCCCAUAAAAAGAAAAACAAAAGGUGGUUGUCCCACUGGCUAUCAUAAGUUGAAUGCACCAAUUUAUAAGUCGCUCUGGAUAAGAGCGUCUGCUAAAUGAUGUAAAUGUAAAUGUCAUUCCUGUGCUGUUUGCAAAUACACUGGUAGGUUGACUGAUAGCCUGAACCAGGUUGCAGGCACUGGUAAGAGUUUUGUAAGCUUUUUCUUGAGUGGGCAGCUUGACGAAAGCCAGUCAAUAUUUAGGUCACCCAGAAAAUAUGCCCCUCUGUUGAUAUCACAUACAUUAUCAAACAUUUCACACACAUUAUCCAGAUACUGACUGUUAGCACUUGGUGGUCUAUAGCAACUUCCCACAAGAAUGGGCUUUAGGUGAGGCAGAUGAACCUGUAGCCAUAUUACUUCAACAGCAUUUGACAUGAGAUCCUCUCUUAAGCUUUACAGGAAUAUGACUUAACAUAAACUGCAACACCUCCACUAUUGGCAUUCCUAUCUCUUCUGAAGAUGUUGAAACCAUGUAUUAAUACCACUGUAUCAAAGUUAUUAUCUAAGUGAGUUUCAGAGAUAGUAUAUGAAUGUUAUUUGUUACCUUGUUUCUUAGGCUACAUAUGUUAAUGUGGGCUAUUUUUAGCACUUUUCUGAGAUUCUUGAUUGUUUUUAUUGCUUUACUGGGAGGCUUAUCAGAGGUAUACAUGACAGUCAUAUUUAUGUUUGAGCGGAUAGUGCAGAGUGAGCUGUACACAGUGGACUUCCUGCUAGGGCAAACCACCUCAGUGCUAACAGUCUAACUCCGGUUCAUAGGCGCAUGAUUACAGCAUACAGUAGGAUUGACAGAGGCAUUCAGGGGAGUUAGAGGGACAUAGAUUAGGUUACAUUAUGUCUACCAACGUCCCGGGACAAUGUACAUUUGCAGCAGCAUUAUGACAACUCAGCGACACAAUGGUAGGGAUUAUUUGAGCAGGGCUUGGGCCACUGAUAAGUAAUUGUCUCAACGCAGCCUUGACUAUGUACAUAGGGCAUAAAUCUCUAAGGUGCAGGGUAGAGUACUGGGUGGUAGCCAGCUAGUAACAGUGACUAAGUUCAGGGAAGGCUACUGGGCGCAGGCCGGCUAGUGGUAACUAUUUAACAGUCUGAUGGCCUGGAGAUAGAAGCUGUUUUUCAGUCUCUCGAUCCCAGCUUCGAUGCACCUGUACUGUCUCUGCCUUGUACAUGGUAGUGGGGUGAACAGGUCGUGGCUUGGGUGGUUGAGGUCCUUGAUGAUCUUCUUGGCCUUCCUGUGACACCGGGUGCUGUAGUUGUCCUGGAGGGCAGGCAGAGUGCCCCCUGUGAAGCGUUGGGCUGGCCGCACCACCCUCCUUGCCUGGCACCAUCCUGACUUAUGAGCCUACUGAGGCUGAAAUUGAAUCUGAUCAGCCUGACCGGAAUGUUGCUCAGCCACUGUAAAUGUAAAUAUUAUCCACAAAACAUUACGUGUCCCUUUUUAAAUUAUACACAUAUCAGUUAUGCAAGCUAAUAACCAGCAUAGAUAAUAAGCUAGCUAGCUAGCCAGCCAACAAGACCACCUAGCUAACUAGCUAGCUCACAAGACCAGCCAAGCUAGCUGCAUUGUUCCUUGCAUGGCUGUGGUCUUCGGGGCAGCACGCAGCCUGGGAGACAGAGCUGCCUGUCAGGCAUCUUUAAGGGCUUAAAUGCCCCGCAUUGCGGAUGAACUGGCUAUCCUAUUUAGCUGAUAUUUCUCUGUCAAAUCAGUUAUGGAAAGAUGGCAAGUGCCAGUGUCUGGAAUGUGUUUCAUAAGACACUCGUUACAACACCUUGCUGCGAAAGUAGCUUGCAACUUAGUUUCAACAUUUAAUCACAUCAUGUAAAUUACAUGUUACAUGUUCAACUUUAGUGAACUAUUUAAAGAAAAUAUUUACAAAGAAUAGCUGACUUAAGUAGGAGCACAUCUCUGAACUGCUGAGGAGAAUUUGUACAUCAAGUAUCCUAUAUAGGCCUACCAAUGGAAUGGUUUUGUAGGACAUUAAAUGUACUGUUAGAUCACUUGCAUUGCUAUCUAGCAACAAUAUCAUAUUUGAAGUUAGCAAUCUAGCUAAUGUGUUUUGAGUUCCCACUUCCUCAGGUGUUAAAUUAUGUAAAAUAUAGCCUAGGCCAAUAUGCACAAAAAACAUGAAGGCAAUUUAAUCUCUAUUUUGACAUUUGACAUGCAUUCCCGAUUAAAUAACUAACUUCUUUCAUGUCUUACUUGGCACUGGAAAAAGUCAGUCUAGAGCUUAAGUACAUUGCUUCAAAGUAUAGCCAUCUGAUACCUAUUCACUGAAUGUGGGUAUUAUUUAUAAUACUUUUUGGUUGUCAACUGCUCAAUUUGCAAAUCAACUGCUCAACAGGACCUUGUCAAGCUUGUCAAGCUGACUCGGGUGUGUUUAAGCAAGGCUGGAUCAAAAGCCUGCACAGAUGGAGAGCUGACCACAUGUUCUAUACAGUAACAGUAUAUUUGACUAAGGCAUUUUUUCAUAGUGGUAUCGUUAUGUUAUUGAGGAUCAUUAUAGCUGGUAUUGGUUUUGAAGCUAAAAUUCUGAAAACAUAGUUUGUGAUCUAGCUAAUGAUUAGCCCAUUGGGGUAGCCUAAACAAAUACAGAUGGGCAACUCCAUGCUUUAGCCAUUUAUAGCCACUAUGCUACUACAUUCAUUAGGCUACAGGAGAAUGCUCAUUGCAAAAAAAGCGCACCUGCCUGAUAAUAUGAGCCAUGUAGGCUAUAGCCUUUGGUGAAAAUACUACUUUUCGCAAACAUGGGCUCAUUCCUGGAGGGGAAUAUUAGCAGGUAUGUGGUGUGCGCAGACCUCCAGAAUUUGUAUUACAUUGCAUUCCAAGUGCCGUUAAAAAGGUCUUAAGUCUUAAAUUCAACCUCAUGGAACCUGCAGAUACCUGUGUAAACUAUAGGCUGAUCUACUCCUACUUAUUUAUUCUCUGUAAAUAGUUCAGUGACGUUUUUUGCAUCGUACUGGCCGCCUACUUAUUUUCUUUCUUGGAUUACCUGCCAUUUAAGGGUAUACCUUCCAUUGCCCUCAUUUCACCUGCCAUAUUGUUACACAUAUCAAACUUAUUUCAGGUCUAGACAUGUACCAAUGGGGUGACUGGCUUUUGCCAGUUUCACAUUCACAGUUAGUCCUGUUAGACUUGUAUAGAUAUGCAUGCAUUCAUGUAGGCCUGCCAAAUGUUAAUUGCAUGUAGUCUACAGUAGUAUCUGGAUGUUUGACCAUCUCCUUUCAACUGUUUCCAGAUCUGCUCCCAUUACAACAAGGGCGUUGGUGAGCAUGGCUCCUGCAAGUUUAAAACCAGUUGCACCAGCCUCCACCUCUGCCUGCACUUCCUCCAGGGAGACUGUAGGUUUGGUGCUGGAUGUAAGAGGGCCCACACAUUUGAUGCCACUGCCAUGAAGAUCCUAAAUGGCAGAGGAUUCAGCGACGAGAACAUCAGGAUCCUCGACAAGAUCUACAAGAACAAAUUCAUCAUCAUCGGUCAGGGUCACAAAGAAAAGCCAGCUGGUAAGGAAAUGACAAGGUAGAAUCAAUGAAAAUAUAAUUAAAAUGUAGUAACCGUGUCUGUCCUGUGUCUAGUAGUAGUACCCUCCCCUGCUCCAGCCAUAGCGCCAGUUGGGAAAGUGCGUUCUCGUCAGCCUUCGUCCUGCUCCAUCAGUGAGACUGACAGGAACGAAAUCUGCCUCUUCUUCAUCCGCAGACACUGCAGCUUCAAAGGUAACAUAAACCUAAACCUAAACCUACUUUAGCAUUUUAGUUUACAGUACUGUGUUUGAAGUGUUUACAUGUGUUUCUGUGGCUGUGUUAUGUCAGAGAAGUGUGUCCGUAUCCACUACCACCUGCCUUACAAAUGGCAGAUCUUAGAGGGAGAUGGAGUGACAUGGAGAGACCUGCCCAAUGUGGAGGAGAUUGAAAGGGCCUACUGUAUCCCAGGAAAAGAUACAAGGUACAGUUGUCAUCAUAUCAGAUCUGUUGUUUCUUUUCUUUUUUGAAAUACAAACAAAAUCCUAUUUAAUGUACUACACUCGGCUAGUGACGCGCUCAAUACGGAAGUGGUCCGAUGAAGCGGGUGCUAAGAUACAGGAUUGUUUCGCUAGCACAGAUUGGAAUAUGUUCCGGGAUUCAUCUGAUGGCAUUGAGGAGUUUAACACAUCAGUCACCGGCUUCAUUAAUAAGUGCAUCGACGACGUCAUCCCCGCAGUGACCGUACCUACAUAUCCCAACCAGAAGCCAUGGAUUACAGGCAACAUCCUCACUGAGCUAAAGACUAGAGCUGCCGCUUUCUUGGAUUGGGACACUAAUCAGGACGCUUAAGAAAUCCCGCUACACCCUCAGACGAACCAUCAAAUAAGCAGUGUCAAUACAGGACUAAGAUCCAAUCCUACUACACCUGUUCUGACGCUCGUCGGAUGUGGUAGGGCUUGUAAACUAUCACGGAUUACAAAAGGAAACCCAGCCGUGAGCUGCCCAGUGACACAAGUCUACCAGACGAGCUAAAUGCCUUCUAUGCUUGCUUCGAGGGUAGCAACAUUGAACCAUGCAUGAGAGCACCAGCUGUUCCGGACAACUGUGUGAUCACAUUCUCUGUAGCCAAUGUAAGACCUUUAAACAGGUUAACAUUCACAGACGGUUUACCAGGACGCGUACUCGGAGCAUGCACUGACCAGCUGGCAAGUGUCUUCACUGACAUUUUAAACCUCUCCCUGACCCAGUCUGUAAUACAUGCAUGUUUAAAGCAGACCACCAUAGUCCCUGUGCCCAAGAACGCCAAGGUAACCUGUCUAAAUGACUACCGCCCCGUAACACUUAAUCUGUAGCAAUGAAAUGCUUCGAAAGGCUGGUCAUGGCUCACAUCAACACCAUCAUCCCAGACACCCUGGACCCACUCCAAUUUGCAUACCGCCCCAAAAGAUCCACAGAUGAUGCAAUCUCUAUUGCACUCCACACUGCCCUUUUCCACCUGGACAAAAGGAACACCUACGUGAGAAUGCUGUUCAUUGACUACAGCUCAGCGUUCAACACCACACACACAUGCAUAUUGAAACCACAUACACACUUUCACACUUUUUCACUCUUCACAUACGCUGCUGAUACUCUGUUUAUUAUCUAUCCUGAUUGCCUAGUCACAUGUAAAUAUUACCUCAACUACCUCGUACCCCUGCACAUUGACUUGGUACCGCUACUCCUGUUUAUAGUCUCGUUAUUUUAUUGUGACUAUUUUUUUUAUUUUUCAUACUUUUUAUCUCUGCAUUGUUAGGAAAGGGCUCGUAAGUAAGUAUUUCACGUUAAAGUCUACACCUGUUGUGUUCGCAUGUGACAAAAUGUUAUUUUAUUUGACUGUUAGUGAUAGUACAGCAUUCUCUCUCUGUUGUCCCUAGUGAAGGUAGCCAGCCAGUGAACUUCCUCACCAUGACAUGUGGAAGGUCUCCAGUGCGUCGUCUGUCCACUGUGUCGUCCGUCACCAAACCUCCUCACUUCAUCCUUACCACAGAAUGGCUGUGGUACUGGGCGGAUGAGCUGGGACAGUGGAUAGAGUAUGGCCAGGAGGUAGGUCCAAUUAAUACUUCUAAUGCCUGUCCUUCAGAGAACAACAGAAAUAAUUGCACAGACAAUUGUAUUAACAUGUUACGUCGUACUUUAGUAACUGCAUUAUAACUAGCAGCAGGUAGCCUAGUGGUUAGAGAAGCGGGAUGUGAAUCCAGCUCAGACAGGAAAAUCUGGUGCGGAGUGAGCUUGCAACCGGAGGGUUGUUAGUAUCAUCCUAGAUACCAUCACCUGCCGUUGUGCCCUCACAAUGCACUUACAGUGAGGGAAAAAAGUAUUUGAUCCCCUGCUGAUUUUGUACGUUUGCCCACUGACAAAGAAAUGAUCAGUCUAUAAUUUUAAUGGUAGGUUUAUUUGAACAGUGAGAGACAGAAUAACAACCAAAAAAUCCAGAAAAACGCAUGUCAAAAGUGUUAUAAAUUGAUUUGCAUUUUAAUGAAGCAAAUAAGUAUUUGACCCCCUCUCAAUCAGAAAGAUUUCGGGCUCCCAGGUGUCUUUUAUACAGGUAACGAGCUGAGAUUAGGAGCACACUCUUAACGGGAGUGCUCCUAAUCUCAGUUUGUUACCUGUAUAAAAGACACCUGUCCACAGAAGCAAUCAAUCAAUCAGAUUCCAAACUCAACACCAUGGCCAAGACCAAAGAGCUCUCCAAGGACGUCAGGGACAAGAUUGUAGACCUACACAAGGCUGGAAUGGGCUACAAGACCAUCGCCAAGCAGCUUGGUGUGAAGUUGACAACAGUUGGUGCGAUUAUUCGCAAAUGGAAGAAACACAAAAUAACUGUCAAUCUCCCUCAGCCUGGGGCUCCAUGCAAGAUCUCACCUCGUGGAGUUGCAAUGAUCAUGAGAACGGUGAGGAAUCAGCCCAGAACUACACGGGAGGAUCUUGUCAAUGAUCUCAAGGCAGCUGGGACCAUAGUCACCAAGAAAACAAUUGGUAACACACUACGCCGUGAAGGACUGAAAUCCUGCAGCGCCCGCAAGGUCCCCCUGCUCAAGAAAGCACAUAUACAGGCCCGUCUGAAGUUUGCCAAUGAACAUCUGAAUGAUUCAGAGGAGAACUGGGUGAAAGUGUUGUGGUCAGAUGAGACCAAAAUCGAGCUCUUUGGCAUCAACUCAACUCGCCGUGUUUGGAGGAGGAGGAAUGCUGCCUAUGACCCCAAGAACACCAUCCCCACCGUCAAACAUGGAGGUGGAAACAAUAUUCUUUGGGGGGGGUUUUCUGCUAAGGGGACAGGACAACUUCACCGCAUCAAAGGGAAGAUGGAUGGGGCCAUGUACCGUCAAAUCUUGGGUGAGAACCUCCUUCCCUCAGCCAGGGCAUUGAAAAUGGGUCGUGGAUGGGUAUUCCAGCAUGACAAUGACCCAAAACACAUGGCCAAGGCAACAAAGGAGUGUCUCAAGAAGAAGCACAUUAAGGUCCUGGAGUGGCCUAGCCAGUCUCCAGACCUUAAUCCCAUAGAAAAUCUGUGGCGGGAGCUGAAGGUUCGAGUUGCCAAACGUCAGCCUCGAAACCUUAAUGACUUGGAGAAGAUCUGCAAAGAGGAGUGGGACAAAAUCCCUCCUGAGAUGUGUGCAAACCUGGUGGCCAACUACAAGAAAUGUCUGACCUCUGUGAUUGCCAACAAGGGUUUUGCCACCAAGUACUAAGUCAUGUUUUGCAGAGGGGUCAAAUAUUUAUUUCCCUCAUUAAAAUGCAAAUCAAUUUAUAAAAUGUUUGACAUGCAUUUUUCUGGAUUUUUUUGUUGUUAUUCUGUCUCUCACUGUUCAAAUAAACCUACCAUUAAAAUUAUAGACUGAUCAUGUCUUUGUCAGUGGGCAAAUGUACAAAAUCAGCAGGGGAUCAAAUACUUUUUUCCCUCACUGUAACCAUCUAUAAUUGCUCCAGUGGCACUACACUGCGGCUGACCCAUUUGUUUCCAGCCCUUCGGUGUAUGUGUCUGUGUGUGUGCUCGGGGGGGUUGGGUUGUGCAUAAAGUCACAUUUCUGUUCUCUGUUAAGUUAAUUGAUAAUGAAGUAGAUCUUAUAAUUGCAUAGUAAUGGAGUUGAGCAAUGCUGUUAUUGUAGUGAUCACAGUGUUACCGUUGAAUGUGUUAGGAAAUGUUUUCAUUGUGGGUUUAUCUGAGCCUUGUUCGUAUUCUAUGUAGAUUUACGAUGGUAAGGAGAAAGUGGCCUCUGUCACCUCCCAGACCCUGGAGAAUGUUUACCAAGCUGACUCGGUCAGUGAGAUUCCAUUUGGAUCUGGACGUCACCAGUACAUUCUCUAUUUCAAAGGUACUGUAAACAGUUUGGGACAACUAAAUAGCCUUUCAGCAGCUAUUUGACAUUAUUGUAAAAUAUAAUUUGUUUUCAAUAACUUACCUGGUUAAAUGUUUGUAAGCAAACACCCUGUAAACUGUAUUUUGUCAUACUAAAUGCAUUUAGUUAUGUUCUCUAUUUCAGAGAUGUAUCAGGAGAAUAUUAGAUUCAAAACCAAAAGAGAGGUUCGUAGAAGACCCUGCUUUCUCUCUGGACAGGAUGUGGAGGCCAAGCUGAAGAGGUACAGUAGACCUAUUGUGACUGUCCAUGAUUAUACUCUAGGCCUAUGUAAUGUUAAUGUCCUCCCACACCUUCAUUCAUGUUCCUCAUGUUAUAACUUCUGUUAGAGCGAAAUCCUUCAGUGCAAUAGUAUUUCAUGUUUUCCUUCAAAACCUCAUCAGGAUAUUUACUGACCGUAAUACUACUAAAGAUUGUACAAGUGUGAGGGAAAUAUUGUUGUCUGAAGAGAGAGCCUUGAAUUGUACAUCUUGUCUCAUACAAUCAUUCCUGUAGGUGCUGGAUAGAGAUAUGAGGGGGAGACGGUCAUGACCCCCUCCUCAGACCUUUUGGCAGAACGCCCAGAAUAUGUUCUAUAAGUUAAGAUAGGAGACGGUGCCAGUCACAUGCAGGAACCAACCCUAUGAACCAUGCCUAUGUAGCUUUUCUGUGUAAGCAGUAUAUAAGAGAACUAACGAGACUGCCCUGGCAGAGCUCACUUCAGACCGGUACUUUAUGCAUCUAAGUUUGACUGUGAUCUCUCCAGCUUGCUGUUAAUAAAUCAUUAUUAUUUUAAGUUUGACUUGGUGUCCCUGGUGGUAAUUUCCAUGACACAAGUUUACUAGUUUAUCAUCUCAAAUGUGAUCCCUUUCAAAAGGGGCAGUGAUUCUGAAAUGUAAAUGUUGUAGUUCAGGAAAUCAUAGAGGAAGUCCUAUUGGAUAUCUGUCUGAAUCAACCAAAAGCUUCCCUUUUGAAUUUCCUGUGUUUCUGUCUCCAUGGUAGUGUAUCUCCAGAGAGCACCAGCUCUUCUACUGUGUCUGUACCUCCACACUGGGACAAGGGAGCACUGCCUGACUUCACAUACAAGGUACUCCCAGUCAUAAUAUGCUGAUACUGUUACACACACACAUACAGUCGCUAGUGAAAGUUUACACACCCCUUGCACAGUAUUAUUCACAUUUAUGUGCCUUAAAAUUUAACCUCAAAAGGGAAUAAAUUACUUAUUUUUUAAAAACUGAUCCACACAACCUACUCGACAUUUCCACAGUGAAAGAAAGAAAUAGCAGCCAUUACAGCUGUGAAUCCUUUUGAAUAAGAUUCUACCAACUUUGCACAACUCUUAGGGCAACAUUUAUCCAUAUUUGUUGUCAAAAUUGCUCAAGCUCAUUAAAUUUGGUUGGGAGUUAUUGAUGGACAGCAAUAUUCCAAAACCUUGUCUCUGAUUUUCAAGCAAAUUUAAGUCAGCACUGAGACUGGACUACUCAGGAACACUCGACACCUCUUGGAAAGCCAUUCUGGUAUGUCUUUGGCAUAAAAACUUGUGUAAUUGUCCCACUGAAAAAUAAAACUAUCCAAGGGUUAGGUUUUCAGAAGACUGAGGCAGGUUGUCCCUUUAACUUUUUAUCUGGGCUUUGUUUAUGUUUAUUUUUUAUUCAUUUGGAAAAUGUUCUAUAAUUUUUCUUUCACUUUGGAAAUGUGGAGUAGGUUGAGUACAUCGAUAGGACAAAUCUAAUUUAAUAUUUUUAUGUAUUUAAUUUUAAAGCAGCAAAUGACUGUACAAGGGGUGUGCAGACUAGCACUAAAAUUCUGUGAACUUUCAAUACAUUUCCCUGGUUUUCUGAAAUCCUGGUUGGACGAUUCUGGAUUUCCUGCAUAUUAGAUUUGAGAUUUUUGUCAUUUAGCAGACGCUGUUAUCCAGAGAGACUUACAAUUAGUGAGUGCAUACAUUUUCAUACUGGUCCCCCGUGGGAAUCGAACCCACAACCCUGGCGUUGCAAGCGCCAUGCUCUACCAACUGAGCUACACAGGAUAUUCCUUUAAUAAAAGUUCCAAGAAUUUUGCAACCCUAUUAGGCACAGUAUGCAUGCAUACACACACAAAAUCCAAAUUAUUCAACUGUUUCCUUCAGCUGGUUCCACUCUUAGGCCUGACGACAGAGUAUCAAAUGGUGCAGAGUCUGUUCAAACGUACCAUGCGCACCAGCACCAUCCACAAAAUCAACAGGAUCCAGAAUCCCUCACUCUGGAGGGUCUUCCAGUGGUAUGUACUGUAUAGGAUGUUACUGUAGUAGUGAGACAGUUGUACGUUAGUUGUAGCUGCCCUAGCAUGACACACUGAUGCCAUCUUUCUAAGACCUGAAAUACUACCACCCCUUUUGUGGUUUUAGUUUUUAUGUGGUUUAGUGGUAAAGACGAUAACAUUUGAGUGCAGAGUGAACAUUAGGUUUUAAACUGUCCACGUAUAGGAGCGCCUCAUGGAUGUGUUGGUUGGUGUGUUUGUGGCUAGGCAGAAGGAACAGAUGAAGGCGAAGAAUGGAGGGAAACCUGUGGAUGAGAGACACUUGUUCCACGGCACAGAACUGUCUAUCAUAGAUGCCAUCUGUGAACAGAACUUUGACUGGAGGGUCUGUGGCGUCCAUGGAUCACUUUAUGGCAAAGGUGAAUGUUUUAUACAGCUGUAUCAAUGACAAAUAUCUAAUAUCCACUGCUUCUGAGAAACUUUCUAAGAAUGUUUUAGUUUUACUCUAACAUUUACGAUUAUUUUCCAGGAAGCUAUUUUGCCAGAGAUGCCCUGUACUCUAAUAGAUUCUCCAAGUCUCCGGUCUCUGGCAAGAAGAUCAUGUUUGUGGCUCUGGUGCUGGUCGGUGAGUUCACUAAGGGAAACCGGGACUACCUUCGCCCCCCUCAGAAAGGCACCAGCAAGGGCCUCUACGACAGCUGUGUCGACUCAGAAAGCGACCCAGCCAUUUUUGUCGUGUUUGAGAAACAGCAGAUUUACCCAGAGUUCAUCAUUGAGUACUCCUAG